CGGGUGGAGGCGGGAGAAGGGCGGCGGCGCCGUCACGUGAGGCCCUGCCUGGCGCUCGGCUCUCCGCACAGCCCCGCCGCCGCCAGCCCGGCCCGAGCCCCGCCGCCGCCUCUCCUCGCCUCGGCUCGGCUCCUCCGGCGCUCCCAUGCCCAGCAGCGAAGCGGUGCCGCUGGGGCUGGGCGCCUGCCGCAGGUCGGGGGCGCUGGGAGGGAUGCUGUCGCUGGUGGCGAGGCUGCUGGAGUGGCUGCGCUCGCUGUUCUGGAAGGAGGAGAUGGAGCUCACGCUGGUGGGGCUGCAGUACUCGGGCAAGACCACGCUGCUCACCGUGCUGGCGUCGGGGCAGUUCACAGAAGAUAUGAUUCCUACAGUAGGCUUCAAUAUGAGAAAAAUAACAAAAGGAAAUGUUACCAUAAAGGUGUGGGAUAUUGGAGGACAGCCAAGGUUUCGAAGCAUGUGGGAGCGUUAUUGCAGAGGAGUCAAUGCAGUUGUUUACAUGGUGGAUGCAGCAGACCUAGAAAAAGUAGAAGCUUCAAAGAAUGAGCUUCACAGUUUGAUAGAUAAGCCACAAUUGCAUGGAAUUCCAGUGUUAGUUCUUGGAAAUAAACGAGACCUCCCAGGUGCACUGGAUGAGAAGCAGUUAAUUGAGAAAUUAAACCUUUCAGCUAUUCAAGACAGAGAAAUCUGUUGCUAUUCUAUUUCCUGUAAAGAGAAGGAUAACAUAGACAUAACAUUACAAUGGCUUAUUCAGCACUCCAAAUCAAGAAACUGUUGAAGAAACUUUUGCUGAAGAUAACUCUUCCCCAAUCACUUUGACUCCUAUCAGCUAUACACACUGAAAAGAUAAGGAAUGCAACUGUCUAUUACCAGGACUCACUGUGGUCAUAUUUGUUAACAGAAGUAAAUCUGACUUGUAAUGUCUCUGUCUGUUUUGAUUCUUUUUUUUUUUUUUUUUUUGAAUCCUGAUAUUUGUCUGCCUAGGUGAAAUUCCUGAACGCCUUAACACAAGACUGGAAGAAAACAAUAAUUUUUUGAGCUGAAGUGUUUUGAGUUUAUGCAUGCAAAUUGUCAAAUACAUAGUACUUUUUUUCUAAUUUGAAACUGAAUAAAUUGUGCAGUGGAAACAAAUGACUGUUUUUUUUGAAUGUAGCAUAUAAUUAUUCACACAGAUUGUCUUCCCUCUGAACACAUGUAGUUAAGUACAUUCAGUCAAUUAAAUCAAUUAAUCAAUUAAAACUAUAAUUAAGAGCUUUUUAUUUGAACAAAAUGCUGAUAUUCAGAACACUUUCACAUAUUCUGGAGAAAAGUUAUUUACGAAGUUAUGUAUCUGUAGUUAGUUUUUCCAGUCCCUAAUGUGAAUUAUUCAUAUGAAUAUUCUUUUGGAAUUGAAAAAUAAAAUAUUCUAGACAAUUUAAAAAUAAAAUA